AGAAGAAGAAAAGGAAAUCGAUUUGAAGAUGGAAUAAUAACAAUAAUCAUAAAUUGUUGAGAUUAAUACCUGUAAAAGAUUAAUCCGUCCGGCAAUAAUGACGGCAGCGAAUAAUACUCCGGCGAGCAGCAGCAGCAGCCAGGCCUACGGAGAAGCAUGGUACUGGGACAAUCGGUACACACACGAUCCAUCCACCUUCGAUUGGUACCAAAAAUACGCCUCCCUCUCCCCUCUCAUCCGCCUCUACGCUCCUCGCCACCACCCUAUUCUCGUCGUCGGCUGCGGCAACUCUGCCUUUAGUGAAGGCAUGGUUGAAGAUGGAUAUGAUGAAGUUGUGAAUGUUGAUAUCUCCUCAGUGGUGAUUGAAGCUAUGCAAAACAAGUAUUCUACUUGCCCGCACCUCAAAUAUAUGAUGAUGGACGUACGAGAUAUGAGUGCCUUCGGCAGAGGGACCUUUGCUGCUGUUAUAGAUAAAGGGACACUCGAUUCUCUUUUGUGUGGACACAACUCACGCGACAAUGCAGCUAAGAUGCUCGAGGAAGUGUGGAGGGUCCUCAAGGAUAAAGGAGUAUAUAUUCUGAUUACAUAUGGUUCACCAGUUUAUCGACUAUCAUUAUUGAAAGAAUUGAACUGGACAACGAAGCUGCAUGUGAUAGGUAAACAUCAAUCGGAAAAUAGUUCAAAUUGGAGCAGGGAGUUGACCGCUCCCGUCCCAUUAGAUGUGAAUGGAAGCUUCUCGGAAGCUGUGGGAAUGAACGCUGUUGUUCACUAUAUUUAUGUAUGCAUAAAGGAUGAUUCUUCUGGGAAGAGUGAAGAAGCAUAAGCCUGUAAGAGGAAUGACGAUGAGAGACUAGAUUACUAGGAUUAUAAAUUAUUGAUCAUUGUGAUUAAUAAAUAAUCUGAGGAUGAGAGUGAUUAUUGCUAUUUAGCAAUUUGAGCUGACCAAAUACUUGGGAGGUUUGUGGAAGGUUGUUCUUCUGUUUGGCUGCAAAUUAGCCUUUUUUUUCUUUAUAUGUGUGUAUCCAUUAUAAUUCUUGAAUUGAUUAAAUUUCAGAUGGACUACCAGAUGUUCUUCUU